AUGGAGACUGGGGGAAAAACCUCAAAGGCAAGUUCCAUGGGGGAAAUCGCUACGAAAGAGAGGAGAGGUCAGAUGGUGGGCUUGGAUGGCUAUGCCCAUGGAGGGAGAAAGGUGAUGCAGGUCAUAGCACCAGGCUUAGGCAAUGCACUGGGUAGGGCGGCGCCAGGCACAAGCAACACCAGAAUGGCGUGGCAGGCGUUGGAGGGUGGCCGCGAUGGCAAAGGCUCAGAUGGCAUCGACGAGCCAGGUAGUGGGAUGCUAAACAGUGGCGCCCCAAGCGAUGGAGUUAUUGGCGGCACCUUUCGUGCUUCAGGCGGUGCCAAUGGGGCUUUUGGCGACAUGGUCGCAAUGGCUAGAGGCACCAUUGGGUUGGAGCAAAGUGACGUCACCAUGGGAUCUGGGGCCCUUCGUAAGGAGCUAACAAGCAACGCCCAUGGGGCACUUGACGACACCCAUGGGGCCCUUCGCGAUGCCUCAAAGGCUAGAGGUGGCAGCGCCCAGGGUGCAGGUAUCCAUGGCGAAGGAUCUGGUGGCGAUGCCAUUGCUGGUGGGUCCCUUUGUGAGAUCGGUUGCAAUUUGGGGGAAGACAAGAAUGAGAACGCAUCGACCUUGGUGUUAGGCGACACCAGCAAAGAGCUAAGUGGCACUAGCGCGCUAGGCGAUGCCUUUAGUGGCUCUUUCGAUGAUAGCCAAGCUUCAAAAGGGGACGCCUCCAAAUGGAUUUAG